AUGGGUGUCUUCGACAGCCUCGAUGCUGGUAUCACCAGCAUGUUUGGUCAGUGGAAUGGCUACUCGACCGGUCUAGUGACUCUGCUGCUUGUUGUUGUCACAUACCGUAUCGUUUCAAGCCGCGAUCCUGACGUGCAUCCAAUGCUUCUUGCUCGCCAAGCUGUCCCGUCGUCAGUUCGAAAUGAAGGCGAGAGUCCCGUAUACCGAUCCCAGGCUGCUCCCCACGGCAUGCCGCUCAAUACUGGUCUCAAUGUGAAGGAUCCUGGCGCUUCUAAGUGGUCUCGUGGUCGUAACGGUGACUUGAGGGAUGUCUGGAGGAAGGCCGCGGAGGUUGGUGAGAAUGGCGCCAAGGGACGAGUCCUGACUGUUCUCGGUUCGCAGAACGUCGUAGACCAUAAACUCGAUGACAUUACCCGCCAGAUCAACCUGAUCGGUCAGCACAUUGCUGAGGCUGGCGGUAUCAGAGUCGCCAUCUACUUGCCAAACUCCAUUGAACUCCUUGUAACGCUUUUCGCCUGCAGCUUCUAUCCAAACCUAACGACAGUCCUGAUCCCUUUUGAUGUCUCAAACGAAGAGCUGGUCUCUAUGCUUCGUCGUUCUGCUGCCGAUACGAUGGUUACUGCUCCUGGCGCAUUUCCUUUUGACGCUGUUGUUCAGGCCUACCCAUCUCUUCGACAGCUCAUCUGGGUUACAGACGAAGGAAGCAACCACAUGGACUGGAACGAGGUUCCUGAGGGCACUGGCGGCAAUAUCAAUGUUGCUACUUGGCAGGAUAUCCUCCGAGAAUCUCCCGCGCAUGCCGGCAGCGAGCUCCCUGCUACUGACCCCGAGAAGACUCCCUCCGAUGUCGUUACUUUUUGGCAGACUGAGGCCGGUGAGGUCGAAGAGAUGGUGCGCUUCAGUCAGGCCAACCUUGUCUCGGCUAUUUCAGCUCAACUCGCAGCUAUCCCAACCAAAGAGCGCAUUAACCCGUCCGAUCUAUUUCUGCCAGCUGAUUCUCUCACCAACGUUUACACUCUAGUGCACACAUUGGGCGCUCUCUACUCGAAUGCCUCUAUCGCUCUAAACUCGGUUGCCGGGAAGUCACCAGACUUGGUUCUCGCAACUCAAGGUGUUGCUCCUACAGUUCUGGUAGCUAGCCCCGAGACGCUCCUCAAGACUCACCGAGAGUCAACCUCUAGACUUGGCUCCGCCUUGGCCAACGUCUCACAUGUUAUGUCUACUCGAUCCCUGGCCCUGGAAGGUGUUCACUCUACAUCCAACCUCUUCUCUGGUUUCUCUGGCGCGUCCCCGUCGCUUGGCACGACUCCAGGCAAGCUCCGCCUGGUGUUGGUGGCCGAGCGUGCUGGUGCUGACACUCCUCUCCUGUCUGCGAACGUUCUGUCUGACCUGCGCAUAUUCACGGGUGCAAGGGUUGUGUACGCUCUGACAGCGGCCAAGGUUGCAGGUGCUAUUAGCCAGACUGCUUUCUACGACUACCGACUUCCCACCGAUGCCAAGACGCACUUUGGGCCUCCGCUAACCAGUGUGGAGGUUUUCCUGAAGGACAGUGGUGUCCACAAGACUACUGAUGACAAGAUUGAGGGUCAGAUUGUGGUCAAAGGACCUAGUGUUGCAGGAGGAGAGGUCAACGUUGGCGUUGCCGGAAAGAUUCGACAUGAUAACACUCUAGCUUAUGCUUGA